AUGAUUGACCACAACGGGCGUGCGCCGCUCCACAAGGCGGCCAUGUUGGAUGAUGUUCCUCUGCUGGAUGUCCUCCAGCUGUACGGUGGUGCUAGCAGUGCAACAAUCGACGGAGCCCGCGAUGCCGACGGCUUUACCGCUCUCAUGCAGGCUCUGUUGCUGAAUAAUACCGCGGCAUCGGACUG